GUUGUUUUCGACUUCUUACGGAUAAAAAAAAACGGAAUAACAAUUUUGCCUAUAUUUACGAAAUUAUGCACGUAUCGUUGUUUUCAUAAAAGGUAGUGAAUAGCCUGUUAAAAAAAUUAUUCUUGUCACCUUUAUUUAUGCAGUGUGUGUGUGUUUAGCCUGGAGUGCAAGAUGGAAAAUCGACCAUCAUACAGGCAGACAGUGGCUGGAAAGGGCAAGACCCCCCCCCCCCGCCCAAACUCACAACGUUUUACUUUUACAUGGAAGAAUGACUUCAGAAUCCAAUAUUUAUAAUCCACACUGUCAUCAAAUCUCUCUGUACUUCUGUGUGUUUGUAUGUCUCAUCAUCAUUCAUUAUCUAUAAUGCAGGCUCAACCAGCCACCACAAGUCAUCUGUAGCCGCCAAGCAGCCACACAAGAAGCGAGUGUUCUCAACAUGUGCGGCCUUAGAUGGUGAAAUGUUGAAGAGGCUCAUCCAAAAAGAUGAGCAGCGAAGGAUCAGGGAACAGCGAAACUCUAGAAAAGGUUGGCUGAGGGCAUGGGGUGCUCUGCAGGACUGGAUGCAUCAGCUGUUCAGGAUCAUUGUGGCCUUCACAGAAGACCCCAUGUUUGACAAGUUCAUCCUGUUUGUGGUGGUGCUCAACACAGGGACCCUGGUGGCCCAGACAUUUGAAAGUGUGACUGUGAGAGGAGGGUGGUUCUUCUCAGCUUUGGAUUCCGCUUUUCUGGCAAUCUAUUUAAUGGAAUGUGUGCUGAAAUUGCUUGUCUGGGGUCGACUCUACUUCAAAAACCCAUGGAAUGACCUGGACUUUUUCAUCAUUACGAUGAGCCUCAUUGACUUCCUGCUGCCACUCAUUGAGUCUACAGGGAACUUCAGUGGAGGUCAGGCAUCCACAAUCUUCCGCAUCCUCAAGCUCUUCAAAGGGGUCCGGGCCAUCCGAGCGUUCCGGGUCUUGCGUACCAUCCGCUUUCUCCAAAAUCUCCAGUCCAUCGUGUCCACCUGUCUCCAGUCUCUCCAGUCUAUGGGGGCCAUCAUCAUCCUCAUGUUCACAUUCCUCUUCAUGUUUGCUGUCAUUUUCCGAGAGAUGUUCAACGAGUCUGACCCGCAUCGCUUUGGCACCAUGUUUCGGACAAUUUUCACUCUGUUCCAGCUGCUCACGUUGGAUGACUGGGCUUUCAUCUACUCUACCAGCCGAGACAACGGUGCACCACAUAUUAUCAUCUUCCUUGUCCUGUACAUUGUGGUGGAAUACUUCACUUUCCUCAAUCUAUUCAUUGCUGUCCUCGUCGACAACUUCCAGAUGACAAUCAAGAGACGGAUGGCGUCAAAGAUCCAAAAGUUCCAGGAUAUAUAUGAGAGCGAGAUGCAGUCAAUGAAGAAGUUAGAGCCCCAGCCCAUUGAACCACAGACCGAUGAGGAGUUCUAUGAAGAGGCCCUCAAAUUGACCUAUAGUGAAAAUAAGUAUGGAAAGAGGGAGAUAGAGCUGAUCACCAGCUUCCUCAGACUGCUGGCAUCCAUAGAUCAGAACCAGCAGACUUUCCGCUCUCAGGGCUGUGUUCUGGAGCGUCUCAUUGACACCUUCUUUGAGGCAACAGAGGAGGACAGUCAGGGGAAUGACCACGAAUAGAGAAACAAGGGUCAAACCUAGUAAAUAAACCCUUAUUGCUUUAUCCAGAUCAGUGAUGGAAACUCAGAUGUUAUACUUUGAGAACUCAUUAAAGUCAUGAAACCCAGUAAAAGUGCCCUAGUUUAUUAGAUAUGUGUAAAUCCAUCUCUUUAGGCUUUUUAUAUAAAGCUCAUGUUUGUUAGAUUUAUAGCCUUUCAGUGUGGCCAAAAAUGUUACCUUUUUUAUUUAAAUCACAAACCCCUACACUGUUCAGAUAAUACAAAAGAUAAAACAAAUCAAUGUUGAAUUUGCACUUAAAUAUGAAGGGAAAUGACCAAAUAGUAGCGACAACACAAAAAAGUAUGAAUCACUUACUACAAAUUCCUAAUACACACAAAUGUACAGUAAAUAGUAAUUAAAUUAAAUGACACACACAGUGCCAAACAUGUUCAUUUACAUUCAAGUUUUUUUUUAAAGGACAGAACUGUACAUGUAUCCACAUUUACAUUCUUGUAACAGUUCGACAUGGCUUAUUUUCUGUACUGAGCAUCCCCGCACAUUACAUUUGACAUACAGAAAUGCUUCACCACUUUAAAAAUCAUUUAUAAAACAGGAUAGUGUAUAUACAAUUACAAGCAGUUAGAUCUGUAGUUCUCAUUGUGUGUUGGAUCAAUGAAACUGGACGUGUAGUCAAAAUCCAGGAUUACAUCCAAAACAAUAAACGGAGUGAUUUUCACUAACAUGAGCACAUAUUCUGACUAGUCCAAGACUGCCUUCACCUUCCUGGCACACUCUGUUGAAGAAACCGAGGGUAGGAGUCCUCAAUCUGAAAUUACGACCAUUCCUACUUUGAGACUAAGAAAAUUGAUCUACUUGUGUCAAAGACAGAACAGUGAGAUGAAACAUGGGUAAUAAACAGUUCUUGUUCAUUUUUAAAUCUUCAACAAAAAAGGGUCCGAUGACGAUUA